AGAUUUCAGGGUAUAUUCUGGCCAGGAAAACUCGCAUUUCCUCGUGAAUUUCCCGGUGGAGUUCCAGUUUAUCGUGUCCGACGUGAGUUAUAGAAGCAUUCUGCUGAAUUGGGUGAAAAAUAUGACGUGUUGUGUGCAGAAAUGCAUGAGUUCCAUGAGAACCAACCGGGAGUAUUCAUUCCAUCUGUUUCCUCAUCCGGAGAAGGAGCCCUUCCGUCACAAACAGUGGAUUGAGGCAACAAACAAUCCCAAGCUGAAGAUUAUGCCGUCAGCUGUUGUGUACAGCCGCUACAGGAUCUGUCGGAAGCACUUUGGGCGCUGGUGCUUCAAUGGGGACUGCAAGAGACUGCUGAAGACAGCCGUUCCCACGCUCUUCCUACACGGGGACGAUGAGGAGGUGUUGGAGACUGAAACUGCGGAGAUUCUUGAGGAAUCACCAGCCAAGAAACAGAGACUGGACGUCACGGAAGAGACUGACUGCAUAGAUAUCGUUCCGGUGGAGGAGGAUUUUUCCCAGGAUGUUCAGCAAGUCCAGAAAGUCUACGAAGAGGUGGAGGAGGACAGCAACUACCUGUACGAAGUGGUAGAGGACGAAAUCCUUCCGGUUCCAAUCGUGGCUGAGACGUGUGCUGGCUGGCGCGAUGAGUUCUUCAAGUGUCCAAAGAAUGUCCUUGCCCAGAACAUCUGCUCCCGGCACGAUCCCUUUGACGUGUCGCUGUCCAGGCGUGCCCUGGAGGACAUUAAUCACGUGUUCACGCACAAGGUGGAGAAUGAGGGGAAGCCGGUGACAAACCAGAAGAACUCCGGCAGAUGCUGGCUCUUCGCCACGCUCAACACCAUCCGGAUUCCCUUCAUGAAGCACUUGAAUUUGGACGAAUUCGAGUUCUCGCCCAGCUUCCUCUUCUACUGGGACAAGAUCGAGCGCUGCAACUACUUCCUCAACAACAUCGUGGACACAGCGCGGCGCGGCGAGGACGUCAACAGUCGCGUGGUGUCCUUCCUCCUCUCCGAUCCCACGUGCGACGGCGGCCAGUGGGACAUGGUGGCGAAUCUCAUCAACAAGUACGGCCUGAUGCCCAAGAAAUGCUUCCCCGAGAGCUUCAGCGCCGAGGCGAGUGGCAAGAUGAAUGGCGUGCUCAAGAGCAAACUCCGGCAGUACGCCAAGGAGCUCAGGGAUCUCGUGGAGGCGUCGGGCAGCGAGAAGGACGUGCGCGAGAAGAUCCAGCAGCAGAUGCGAGAGAUCUACAACGUCGUGGGCAUCUGCCUGGGCAUCCCGCCGGCCAGCUUCACGUGGGAGUACUACGACAAGACCAAGGCGUACCACAAGGUGGGGCCCAUCAGCUCGCUGGACUUCUAUGAGCAGCAUGUGAAGCCCAUCUUCAAUGUGGACGACAAGGUAUGUCUGGUGACGGAUCCGCGCCCCACGAAUCCCUAUGGCCAGGUGUACACGGUGGAUUGCCUGGGCAAUGUCGUGGGCGGUCGACCGGUGCUGUACAACAAUCAGCCCGUGGAGCUGCUCAUUGACCUGGUCACCAAGACCAUCCGCAACGGCGAGCCCGUGUGGUUUGGCUGCGAGGUGGCGAAGAGAUUCGCCGGCGCGCAGGGCAUCGAGGACUUGGAAGUGCAUGACUUCAAUGUGGUCUUCGGCGUGGACAUCCAGGUCACACUCAGCAAAGCCGAUCGCCUGUUGUACGGCGAGUCCGCGAUGAGUCACGCAAUGACUUUCACCGGAGUUUCUGUCGAUGACACCGGUGUCUCGACCAAGUUCCGCGUGGAGAACUCCUGGGGCGAUGAUCGCGGCGAGAAGGGCUACCUGGUCAUGUCGGCGGCGUGGUUCAAGGAGUUCGUCUUCGAGGUGGUGGUGGACAAGUCCAUCGUGCCGCCAGAUGUCCUGAAAGUAUUCGAGAUGGAGCCCAUCGUGCUGCCCGCGUGGGAUCCCAUGGGAACGCUGGCCCAGUAGAUGAGCACAGCUGCCCUGCAUUUUUUGCCAUAUUUACUCAUAUAA